AUGUCAAACUCAAAGAGCUAUCAUCUUUCCCAAUCCAACCAGGACUUGCCUCAUAUGAGCUUCAGAUCCUUCGUUGAAGCAUUGAAGGAAGAUGGAGAUUUGGUGGAAAUCAACGAUGAGAUCGAUCCCUACUUGGAGGCUGGCGCUACCAUUCGCAAGGUCUUUAAGGAAAACAAGCUUUUCGGUGAUGAGUUUGAUCUCAACAGUCUCCCAUCUCCAUUUAUUCAUCAGACCGACGGUGGAAAGUACAUCCAGACUUAUGGUAUGCACAUCGUCCAAACACCAGAUAAGUCAUGGACAAACUGGUCGAUUGCACGCGCUUGGUUCACGAUAAGAAUCACCUGGCUGGAUUCGUCAUUGAGCCCCAACACAUUUGCCUUUGGUGUCUCGCCAGCUGCUAUCAUGGCCUCCAGCAUGCCUAUCCCCGAUGGCGUUACAGAAGCCGGUUACAUCGGCGCCAUGACAGGCCAUGCCCUCGAUGUUUUCAAGUGCGAAACCAACGACCUCUACGUCCCCGCCAACGCUGACAUUGUCCUCGAAGGUACUCUUUCAAUCACCGAAACCGCUCCCGAAGGCCCAUUUGGCGAAAUGCACGACUAUGUUUUCCUAGGUGACACUCAUCCAUGGCCAAAAUACAAAGUAAACGCCAUCACCUAUCGCAACAACGCCAUCAUGCCUGUCUCAAAUUGCGGUCGCAUCACCGAUGAAACGCAAACCCUUAUAGGAUCUCUCGCCGCCGCCGAAAUUCGCAGGAUAUGCCAAGAUGCCGGACUCCCCGUCACCGAUGUAUUUGCACCAUUCGAGAGCCAAGUCACAUGGGUAGCCCUCAAGAUCGACAUUGUCAAACUGGCCGCCAUGAGCAUCACCCCCUCAGAUUUCCGCAAGAAAAUCGGUGAUCUAGUCUUCUACCACAAAGACGGCUACACCAUCCACCGUCUCAUUCUCUGCGGUACAGAUAUUGACGUCUACGACGUGAAAGAUAUCCUCUAUAAUUUUUCCACUAGAUGCAGACCUGGCACCGAUGAGUCGCUCUAUGAAGAGUGUAGAGGAUUCCCGCUCAUUCCAUAUAUGUCGCAUGGAACGGCGUCGCUGAGUCAAGGGGGGAAAAGUGGUUUCCGAUGCGUUGAUGCCGUCGGAAUAUGCCAAGGGCGAACAGGAUCGGCAACAGGCGAGCUUUAA